GCGAGAUAGAUAAAAGAAAAAAUAAAUAAAUAAGAAAUGAUAAAAUAAGCAUAGUAUACUGUAUAGGAGGGAACUGAAUUGUACUAUGCAUGUUUGGCGAUGGAAGCAAAGCUGCCAAAUCCGCCAUUUUCACCAACCCCCCUUCUUCCCAUUCGCAUUCCAAUCCCUCGAACUCUCCAACCCCACAAUCCAAACACACUCUGACGAAGACGACCACAGCCACAGCCCACAAAACCCAAAACCUAUUCAAUCCCAUUCCCACGCAUAAAAUGGACGACCCAAAUUCGAGCCUUUUCAUCAUCGGCGGCUUGUUUUUGGAACCCACAGUUUCCAAUUCUCUGCUCAAUUCCGUAGUGUCGUUCCGGAAGUCUUCUUCGGCUGUCGUUUCCGGGUCUGGUUCGUCGUAUGGGUUUAGGCUGAGAGCGGUGGCUGGAGGUGGGUUCUUGUCGGUGAGCUUGAAAAGCGAUGGGGUUGUACGGGACUCCAAAGGGUGUUUGGUGCAGAACGGAGAUGAGGGUUCGGAGGAGGCGGUGGUUGAAGAGACGAGGACAGAGAAAGUUGGGAUUAGGGGAGGUAGAGCUAUGAACACCACCAAGCAUUUGUGGGCUGGUGCUAUAGCCGCCAUGGUUUCCAGAACUUUUGUUGCACCUCUUGAGAGACUAAAGCUGGAAUAUAUAGUUCGUGGAGAACAGAGGCAUCUAUUUGAGCUGGUUAAGUCAAUUGCGGUUUCUCAGGGCGUGAGGGGCUUUUGGAAGGGGAACUUAGUCAAUAUUCUUCGUACAGCUCCAUUUAAAGCAAUCAAUUUCUAUGCUUAUGAUACUUACAGAAAACAAUUGCUCCGCUUCUCCGGAAAUAAGGAGACUACAAAUUUUGGGAGGUUUGUUGCCGGUGCUGCAGCUGGAAUUACUGCUACCAUACUCUGCUUACCUCUUGACACGAUUCGGACUAAGUUGGUGGCUCCUGGUGGGGAAGUCUUGGGUGGUGUAAUUGGUGCUUUCCACCACAUGAUCCAAACUGAAGGGUUCUUUUCACUUUAUAAGGGCUUGGUACCCUCCAUCGCAAGCAUGGCACCUUCAGGUGCAGUUUUCUAUGGUGUCUAUGAUAUAUUAAAAUCAGCUUAUCUGCAUUCACCAGAUGGAAGGAAAAGAAUCCAAAAGAUGAGCCAACAAGGGCUGGGCCUGAAUGCUUUCGACCAACUGGAGCUGGGACCUGUUAGGACAUUACUUUAUGGAGCUAUUGCUGGUGCUUGUGCAGAAGCUGCCACAUAUCCGUUUGAAGUGGUGAGGAGACAGCUGCAAUUGCAAGUCCAGGCAACUAAAAUGAGUGCCUUGGCAACUUGUAUGAAAAUAGUGGAACACGGAGGUGUCCCAGCUCUUUAUGCAGGACUUGUUCCCAGCUUGUUACAGGUACUUCCCUCAGCUGCAAUAAGUUACUUCGUUUAUGAGUUCAUGAAGAUUGUUCUCAAGGUAGAAUGAAGAAAUGAAAUGGGAACCACCAAAGGAAUAUGAUUGGAGAUUUUACAGUAUACUUAGAGAGGAGUACCGGCUAUAAAUUCAGAAUUGUAGGAUUAUAGUGACUUUAGCAGUUACCAUUCAUGUUCCCAAAAGAUUCUGGUAUUGCAAAAGGAAAAAAAUAGUCCACAUCUUAGCCUUCUCUGAAUUCGUACUAACUCAUUUGCGAGCCUAACCGUUUUGUUCACUGCCAAAUUUUGAUUUCCAUUCUCAAGAAACAUAUUCAGGUCAGGAAACA